AUGCCUUCCGGUUGCUUCACCCCGUUCAAGUCCUGCGUCUGCUACUCCUCCAAGGGUGGUGACAGCACCAACCCCUCCGAGAAGUCCCGCAAGAAGUCCAAGCACCACAAGCACCAGGCUGAGACCCCUGCUCCCGCUCCUGUCGUUGUGGCCAUCAAGAAGCCUGCACCGAACCCCUCUAUGCACAAGCUCAUCUGGCUUCAGUACCACACCAACCGCUCUUCUGCCCGUUUGGCCCAGUUCAAGCGUCGUGUUGUCGACCAUGCUGAGCUUUCGAGGAUGAUGCACUCGCGUAUUGAAUCCGUGAUGAUGCUUCAGGAGUCUGGUGCUUCUAUUGGUGGUGACCAGGAGCUCAUGAGUGAUGUCGCUUGCUCGACUAUCUUCGGCUCUUUGGGUCAGCCUCUUGCUUCUGCUUCCGGUUCUACAACUGGUGCUACUUCCCGCGCUGCUGGCUCUACUACUGGCGGUGCCUCCCGUGCUCCUGGGUCCACUGUCGCUCCGUCCAAGACUACCCGUCAUCGUGGUGGUAGUGUUGGCAGUGCGUCUCAGAGCGGCAACGUUAGCUUGUUGGACCAGCACGUUGGGACUUCCGAUAUCGCGUAUGGUGGUACUAUUCGAGUCGGUACUCCGUUGAGAGAUUACUCUGUGAUCUUCGACACUGGAUCGGCUGACUUCUGGCUUCCUUCCUCGACUGAGGCCCGUUCCCAACUUGGUACCCACCAUGCGCUUGGUAGCGACGUCUCCUCCACUUUCUGCAACACCGGUCACACUUUCAGCAUCACCUACGGCAGUGGCUACGCCAGUGGGUUCACUUGUCAGGAAAACGUCUCGAUAUCCGGCAAGCUCCUUAAAGGGCUUGACUUUGCCGUCGUCAACUGCGAGUCUUCCGACUUCACCGGUGAUUCGCCUUUCGAUGGUUUGCUCGGUCUUGGUCAGCAGGCUUUGUCUACUCAGAACGUUCCUACCCCUGUUGAUGCCCUCUACAACCGUGGGUUGAUCGCCGAGGCUGUUGUUGGUGUCAGUCUUGGCCGUGCUGCGGAUGGUGGCUCUGGUGGUGAGAUUACGUUCGGACACACGGACCCUUCGAAGUAUGUCGGAAACAUUACGUAUCUUAAGAAUGUCUCGACGGAUGGCUUUUGGGAGCUGGCUUUGGACGAUGUUUUGGUCAAUGGUGUGUCUAUCGGCAUCAAGAACAAAGGCCGCACGGCUAUCAUGGACACCGGUACGACUCUCAUGAUUGCCCCUCCCGCAGAUGCCGAUGCUUUGACGAAGAUGAUUCCUGGGGCGAUGGCUGAUAUGUCGGGUGGAUACACGAUCCCCACCAGCCACAUCCCUACUGUUUCUCUUGUCUUUGGUGGUGUCGCCUACCCUAUCGAUCCUCGUGACUUGGCUUUCGAGAGUGCUGGCCAGGGUACCGCUAUCUUCGGUAUCUCUGCUGGUGUUGUCGACCCUAACGCCAUGAACGAGUGGUUGGUUGGAGACGUGUUCCUCAAGAACGUCUACACCGUCUUCAACACUACCCGCAAUCAGAUCGGUUUGGCUGUCGCGAAGGACGCCUAG